AGCAGCGGCUUUUACCAGACAAACCCGUCCCCGGGAUGCUACAGUGCCCUGGAGCAGGGCAGCCCCCCGCCCUACACCGCCGGCAUGGUGCCGGAGAUGAUCCACUCCGAGAUGGACUCCAACUAUUGCCCUCCUGGCAAUGUCCACGGGCGGUUCUUCGUGACACCCACCUUCGGGGGCCCGCAGUUCGUUGAGAACAUUAAGCCCGAGCCUGACAUGGACAAUUAUGGACCGGUCCUGGGUCUGGUGCCCCAGGCUUGCCCAAAGAUCAAGCAGGAGGGCAGUGCAACCUGCAUGAUGGCCUAUGAGCAGCCCCGGGUGGCCAGCUCCCCCCAGAUCCCUGGGGCAGAGACACCCCCACUGAGCCCCGACGAUCUCAUGGUGAAUGACUGCCACACACAGAUGAUGUGCCCCUCGUCCGUGUCCUUCCAGCAAAGCUACCACCCAGCCUCCAGCUUCCACCACCCGCAGACCCAUCUCCAGUACCAGAACACCUCCCAGUUUGGCCUUUUUGAGGACAGCCUGCCCCUACAACCCUCUGCUCCCAGAGGCAUGCUCACCCCUCCUUCCUCCCCUCUGGAGCUGCUGGACUCCAAACCCAAAAGAGGACGUCGGUCCUGGCCGCGGAAGAGGACGGCUACUCACACGUGCACCUAUGCGGGUUGUGGGAAGACCUACACCAAGAGUUCGCACCUGAAGGCCCACCUCAGGACGCACACAGGUGAGAAGCCCUACCACUGCAACUGGGAAGGCUGCGGCUGGAAGUUCGCUCGCUCCGACGAGCUCACCCGUCACUAUCGCAAGCACACCGGGCACCGGCCCUUCCAGUGCCACCUCUGCGACAGGGCGUUCUCCAGGUCAGACCACCUGGCUUUGCACAUGAAGCGGCACAUGUAGCCCUUAGAGGCUCUGCCCUGCCAACAACGGACGUUAUUUAACUGCUCAGGUGCAGAAGCGUGAGAAACCUGUAGCUGGUACUACGUAGGGAGGCACCGACGCUC